AUGACAACAGAAGUUAAAAAAAAACUAAAUCAAAUAAUAAUUAGAUCUAAAAACAGACAAUCGAAUGCAGCAAAAUUAUUACACAAAAUCACAAAAGAAAUAUAUACUAAAAUAUGGAAAAACAGAUGCAAAAACAUAUCAACAACAAUAGCAAGUAAUCACAAUGACCAUUCAACACAAAAUGUUACACACAAUCUAACUCAUUCAUAUACAAAUAUCAAUACUGAUAUUGAAAACAACACAGAUCCAAAAACAAUUGCAAUGAAAAAAGCCUAG